ACGUUCAUGAAUGCCUCAAUGCAACUAUCUGUGGCAAUGGGAUCUGUAUUGAACUGUUGGGCUCCUACGGCUGUGUGUGUCUACAUGGAUGGACAGGCGACGACUGUCAAACAGAUGUAAACGAAUGCACGGAAUCAACUGCUUGCCCAGAAUACCAUCACUGCAACAACACAGCCGGUGGUCAUGAUUGUCUAUGUGAUGAUCUGCUCGAGUACAUUGAUCAUUCAUGCAAAAAAACCGUGCUGUGGCCAGAUUUCAAGAGUGGUUCCGAGUUCACCAGCCAAACCUUUUAUGAUGUCAAAACUGCAAUUCCAUUCCCUUACUUUGAAAGUGCAUCCAGAGAAUUGUUUGUGUAUAGAUACGGAUAUGUGGCCUUCGGUGGAAAUAUUCUCAGCUCCAAUGCUCCCCAUGUGCCAUCACAAUGGCCAUUUUCUACAAAACUUUUUGGAGUUUACUGGGCAGAUAUCGCAGCCACAGACAACUCCAACAAUCCAUCAAACUUUUACUUUUCACUGGAUGAAGGGCGACUCCGGAACGUCACCUACAGCAGCUCACUGAUCGAGUAUGUGAAAGGUACCAUCAAAAACCCAGACUUUGAGCCUCUGUCGGUUGUAGCAGCGACUUGGGUGAAUGCUGUGCCAAAACCUGCAAACGAUUUUCCAAAAGAUAAAGCAACAUUCCAAGUGAUCCUUGCCACUGAUGGUCACGUGACCUACGCUGUCACUGGCUAUCGGACAGUCUGGGAAAAUACCAAUGUUUACAACCGACCUUUAGUUCAGACAGUACACUCUCUGACAAAUGGGGUCCAGUCAGUGGAAACUCAGCCAGAAAGCGGUACUGGACCGGUAGUGGUGAAGCUGGUAGCAGAAGACAAGUACUCAGAUCCCAGAUCUUAUGAGUGUGUCCAGAAGACUCAAGAUGCAAGAGCUCGUUAUACGGAAGAUCUUCGGUCCUUGCCACCAUGUCCUUGUUAUCAGGCUCAGGCUGCAAAUGAUGAAAGAUUUGAAGUGUCCAGUUCUUCUGCUCGCUGUUACCACAGUGCAAUCCCAUCUCCAGGAAACAGACUGAAGCAGCUGUGUUGCUUUGAUGACUAUGGGCUUUUAUUCAAUGAUACAUUACCAACACCGGCUGAUGAUACAGAAGUUGGCUUGGAGGCUGCCAGGAGUGAGUGUUGCACUGAAGUACUGGGGUAUGUGGCUGGUUCAGCACACAGAUUUCCACACCCGGCUGUGGGGAAUAUGUUCCUCCCUUUGUUGGUGGGGGGUUCGGAGACCCACACUUUGUGA